AUGCCGAAAUAUUGCGCUGGCUUCGAGGAUCCUGCAGGCGGCGAAGCCAGAGCAUGUCUGUUUGCCCGGGACGGAUUCGGCGGCCCUGCCCAGCCGACCGGAAAGCGUUGUGUGCUGUGCUGUGUUGAAGCUUUGCACCGGACGCUCUCUUCCCGUGUGGGCAAAGGGAACUUGCAAAGGCUCCUGAAGCAUUGGCGAUGCGUCAAAUCGCCGGUGUACGAAGCUGCCUUUGAACUGGGCUCGCUCUGUGCGCUAUCUGUCAGCGAGCAGCACUUGCUUCGCACAAAAGCGGGAGAAGAGAGCAAGUUGGAGAAGCGGAGCAGUUGGCUACACAAGAAGAAGCAACGUUGGCGCCAGCAUUGGAUCUAUUUGCAGUAUCGCAAGCAGGAGCCCUUUGCCAACAUCAAAACGAACUGCAAAAGAUGCACAUACUGGAGUGGCAAGCCUGCAAUUGUGCGGGGUAAACGCCGCGCAUGGUGGAAAGUCCGGCGUGCCUUGAAGGCGAAAUGUUUGAAUUCCAUGGCAGCAGGACCUCCUUUCUACGACGCAAGCUUAAAGUGGGCAAUGGAGGAGGGCUUAUUGCAGGCUGGCACCAUGGUACCUCUAUCCACGGGAAUCGCAUAUCGACACCAGCCGAGGUGGUGCUUCUUGACUGACGCCGGCGAUAGCUUGUACUUCGAAGGCCUCGAAGAUCGCGUGGAUUUCCAAACGCAGCAGCUCCUAAGCGCAGAGGCUUCCAUCAAUAAUGCUCUUGGGAAGACGGAAUUUCUUAUUGAUGCAUCGGAGACCUCAAGCCUGUUGACGGAGCGCGGCUACGACUGGUACCAGCACAUGCUGUCGUAUGAUCAAGUGAUAUUCUCUCCACUGUACAUCAGCAACAUGCUGGCGAGGAUAGGCUUGAAGCUGCAACUCCUGCGCAACGACGACAAAUGGCCAACAACAGCCAAGGCACUGCUACAGAUCCGUGGAACGCGAGGGAGAAACCACAAGGAGUACUGGGCCGCGCUGAGAUCUUUUGAAGGUAGGAUUUACUUGCUAGACGUUUUCCAACCAAAGCCUGUCUUGAUCGAGAACCUGCCAUUCAGUUUCACAAUGUACCGCACCUAUGCAAUGAUCCCUCUAUGGGACUAG